UGAACGGCCGCUUCUGGUGCGCCCCGUGCGCUGGGGAAGGUGAGUGGGGCCCCGUCGCAGGCUCAAGCAAUCCGAGCAUACAUCCGAAGGAUUCUGCUUGUGCCGUUUGAAGGCUCGGGCAUCUGGAUCUGAAAUUACAGUUUUCGGCUGAUGCAUCGAUGGAUUGCUGAUUUUGUCGAUCGCACCACGCUCCCGCAGUCGAUUCAGCCCUCGGACGGCUGGCAUUCUGCUUUGCCAAGCGCCUAAAAAGCUUGAGCAAGCGGCUCUGUAGUACGGCCUUGCUUGAUCCUUGACGCUCCAUGAGGCGUUCUGCGAGACAUGUGCCCUGCUGGGAGGAAGGAAAGUGGAGCGGACCCGCACCUUGGCCCAAGGCUCAUACAACGCCCACGCCUCCCUGUGCUGCCCCUGGCAACUGGCCCAGUGCCUGCGAUGGUGGGCCGGGACGGCCCUGCGAAGCUGUUCACUUCGGGCCAGGGCGCGCUGCGUGGGGCAGUGGACAACGGCGGCUCUCCGGCCCACGAGAGCCGCCCCAGGGAUCCUUCGCACCCGGCCGCGCCGAUGUCCCCGCAGCACCCGCCGGCUGCGGUGGCGCCAGAGGCGCCUGGCGCGAGAACGCCCGCGCCGCGGCCGGCCAAGCCCGCCGAGGCCUUGGGGCUGAGGCUGCGGAACGUGACCACCACACAAGGGCGCCGGCGUCGCGUGACCCUGGGGCAGCUCCGGGGCAGCACCGGCGCUCUGCGGGAGGGGCCGCUCUGGGACCUGUCCGCUGAGAGCGGGGGCUGCUGCGCGUGGCCCCUGGCGCACCAGCGGGAGGCGUUCUACGCGGUGAAGGGCUCCUGGAUGCUCAAGUUCAGGAGGAGCUCCGACGGCGCCAGGUGCGUGGGGGCCCCGAUUCCCCUGGACGGGGCGAGGGUGAGGGCGGUCGGGGACACCGAGUUCGAGGUCACGAACCGCCACGCGAAGGAGGACUUCUUGGGCAAAGGCAUCUCGGGCUCUGCCAGCGGCACGUUCGUGCACAGCGUGUGCGUGCUUCUGGAGGCACGCAGCCGGGAGGCCCGCGACGGGUGGGUGACAGCGCUGUGCGCACAGGUGGCGAGGCUGCGCGAGCGCCAGGAACGCAGGGCGCUGCUGUCGCGGCGCGACGGCCCCGAGCGCCAGGUGUCGGACCGGACGGUGGCCACCGCGGCGGCCAUCGACGGCCUGGCGUCCAGGCUGUUCGUCGAGUUCGAGGAGGACGAGGAGUUUGCGGCGCUGGGAUUGGGAUGGCCCGACCUGGUGUCAGCCGUUCCGUGGGGGCCUUGUUUGUAUUAGUAGCCAGCUGGCGUCGGCUUGUCCAGGCCUCGUCCCUCCAUGCAUUCCUCGUCUUCUGUUCGCUUGCUCCCCUCCAUCCUCUCGCCUUGUCGCCAACUUGGGCUCGCGAGUGAAGUUUCAGGCCACAUGCGCUUGACCCGCCCCAAGUAGGAGCCCUCAGAGGCGAAGGUGGCCUCGCUGACGCAUUCGAAUUCACACGACGCGCGUGCCUUUACAGCCGGCGCGCCUCUUUCGAAGCGUGCACCCGCUGGUCACACAAAGCAGUGGCACCCGCGAGCGCUAGACGUCUGCAGUGUUGGCAUUGCAGCGUGGACCCUAGUGCUCGGCCCGGAGGCGCGGCGUGCCAGUCCGCGCACAGCGACGUGCCAGACACCGUGCGCUCCGUGCAGCGGCGCGACACGCGCUUUCACAGUGCUCCCGCGGAUUUCCUCCACCGGUCCGCCUGCCAGGAUCCCUGACGCGGCGACCCUUCGGGCCCCCCCCCCACCUCUGCUCGCCCCCGUCUUUACACGCUGCUCAUUGCUAAUUCUUCGAGAGUUCCUUGAUUUUUGGGAGCC